UGUUAGCUAGCUAACUGCUGCGUAAGAAAGGAAGGAGGGGGCAGAGCGAGUUGGAAAAGUAGGCUCUUGCAGCUUAGGCUUUCUAGUCAGCCUCCGUCAAAAAAGAAAAAAGUAGAAAAACGCGUUUAAGAAUCUCAAAACAUGGCGAACUUUUUUGUUGGAAUGUGUAACUUGCAAACCGUUAUUUCCAUGCUAUCAAUUUCUAAGUAAAGCGAGGAUACCCGUCAGAGUUUUUAAGUGGCUUGUUUUGUUGCCUGCUUAUCCCAGGGAAGGAUUUGGGGGUUGGGACAGCCUUUUUUUUUCGGAGUGACUUGUGGUAACUUUAAGGGAGGAAGUCCAGCGUCCCUUCUAAGGCUGUGAAACCAGGCAACUGGUCCCCGGUGAGCAGGGAUGGAGCAGCAACAGGCGGCAGGCUCUCGAAGGCGAGACAAGAUUUCUCUUUUUGGAAUUCGACCCUUUGGAGGAAAAGAUGUUGAUGGUUCAGUGAUCAGCAAGGCAGAGUUUAUUGAAAAAGUCCGUCAGAGUAACCAGGCCUGUCAGAAUGGAGAUUUCCUCACUGCGAUUGACCUAUACACCGAAGCCCUCCUGGUGGAUCCACAAAACUGCAUCCUGUACAGCAACAGAUCUGCAGCAUUCAUGAAAACUCAGGCGUAUGAGAAGGCACUCGAUGAUGCCAUCAAAGCAAGGCUGUUGAAUCCCAAAUGGCCAAAGGUAGGACCAGUUCCAGCAGAAUGA